AUGCCUCCAGAUCGAGGCCGCGCCUCGAAAGCGUGCGUUUCGUGCAGAAAACAGAAAACCCGGUGCUAUGAGCCCAGCCUCCCAGGGAAAGCAUGUUUGCGUUGUGAAAGACUUCAUCAAAGAUGCUCACUAGUGCAAACUAUCGAGCAGCAACAGGAGAAAGAACCGUCUACUUCUCGAUCAGGAACGGAUGCACGCUUGGAGCGUCUCGAGAAAACAUUGGCAGCUCUGCUCGAUCGUCUGGGAGAAGGUCCUGCAGCCGAUGAUCAGUCCAGUACAGCAAGCGCACUGACGACAUCGGAAGCCGGGGAAGUCACAUACAAGGACACGGAAACCUCCGCCCCGAUCAUGGUCAUCCGGGAUCUGGCUGACACCGGCAUCAAGUCUGCGCCCGAUACAAGGUCUCUUGAGGCGGUCUUGGAUGAUCUUAUUGCGCCUGAUUUAGCUCUGACUCUAAUCACCAUUUUUCUCGAGUACUAUGGCCGUUGGACUCUAUAUGAUACCGAAGGGGAUCCAGCAGCUCUGUUACCCCGCGUGAAGAGAUCACCCUUGCUUUUCUGUGCGUGUUGUUUGAUUGCCGUGCGACAUACUUCCGAAAAAAUAGCGGCGACUCUGGCUCCCAAGCUUUAUGAGUGCGCUCGGUCCUUUGUCUCGGGUACUCUUUUGGUCGCACCGCAAUCCAUUGAGUUCUUCCAGGCAACUCUGAUUCUAUGCAUGUGGUCUACGACGGUAGGACAGGUGCCCUUGAGUAUUGAUAGCUGGCUUUUGAGUGGGUUUGCUCUGCAGCAUAGUCAAUCCAGCCCGUUAUUCGCUGCGGUGACCUCUCAAUCUCAAUCACCAUAUAGAAUGGAUGAGAAGACUUUGGAUCUAUGCUGUCUUUGGAACCAUCUUUGUCUCGCACACUUGCAUUAUUGUGUUGGGACGAGUCGCAGAUCUAUGCUGCAGGCCUGGCAGAUUGAGCGCUGUCGGGCUAUUAUUGAUUCCGAUCAUGCGACAAACUUUGAAGUUCGCAUGGUGGCUGAGAUACAUCUCUACUGGACUGUCUAUGAGCAUUUAAUUGAAGAACCAGUUGAUUUACUCAAGUCGGUGGCAGAUUUACAGACAUGGAGAAGACAGUGGGAAUUUGUAAUUGAGCAGCCAAGAUCUCAAUUCUUACUGAUGGGCUUCCAUUUCUCCAAUCUACUCUUAUACGAGCAUGCCCUAAAAUCAAGAACCGCUCGCGCUCAAGAGUCAGUGGUGUCGGAAAUGGUCCGCCAUUCAACAGCCAUCGUCCACCUAGCUAUGGAUACAGUGGAUGAGCGGACUCGCCACUUGACUGAUCACAUUUACCAUAUGAUUACCUUUGCAGCAAUUAUCAUCUGUCGAUUACUCAACAGUUAUGAAAGCCAAUUAAACGCGGCAUAUGAUACUAGAGAAUUGGAUGCUCUAGUCCAGAGUCUUGUCGACUGGCUUCAUUGCAUAGGCCUGCCCUGCCACGCUGCACAUACUCUGGGUAAUAUUAUCGCGAAAGUACACCAGAAACUACGCCCUCGCGUCGAAACUAUUCCAGAUCCAAUAGAAGGUUUCUCGGAAGAGAGCUUCACCAACUACUAUUUCCCUGAAUUUUUGGGUCUUGGUCCAUCUGCUGAUGGAAAUUGGGAUCUCAUGUCAGAUUUGGCUUUAUUCCAACCAAGCCCUUCAAAUACAUGA